AUGAGUGUUGUUGGAGAAGAGCGAUCAGUAGUAGAGAAAUGGUCACCGGUUAUGGCAAUUGUGGGAGCAAAUGUAGCGAUGGGUUCGGUGAAUGCACUUGUGAAGAAAGCCCUCGACGGUGGUGUGAACCAUAUGGUCAUUGGUGCCUAUCGCAACGUCAUUUCCGCUUUUGUUUUGGCUCCUCUCGCAUAUUUCUUGGAAAGGAAAACAAGACCGGAGCUAACGUUUAGGCUAAUGUUCGAUCAUUUCAUUAGUGGUCUGCUCGGGGCCAGUUUGAUGCAAUUUUUCUUUUUGCUUGGUCUGUCGUAUACGUCAGCAACCGUUUCGUGUGCUUUGAUAAGCAUGUUGCCUGCAAUCACCUUUGCUUUGGCCCUUAUUUUCAGGACUGAAAAUGUAAAAAAUCUAAAGACCAAAGCAGGGGUGUUGAAGGUGAUUGGAACUCUAAUAUGCAUAAGUGGAGCAUUGUUCUUAACAUUUUACAAAGGCCCUCAAAUAACAAACUCUCACUCUCACCAAAAGGCUCUUCACCACAACAACGAUCAAGACAAGACCAAGAACUGGCUUCUUGGAUGUCUCUUCCUAACCAUAGGAACCACGUUUCUUUCCCUUUGGAUGCUGUUUCAAGGGACUUUAAACAUUAAGUACCCUUGCAAAUACUCAAGCACUUGUCUCAUGUCCAUUUUCGCUGCGUUCCAAUGUGCUCUCUUGAGUCUUUACAAGGGCAGAGAUGUUCACGAUUGGGUCAUCCACGAUAGAUUCGUAAUUUUAGUCAUCACAUACGCAGGAGUGGUAGGACAAGCAAUGUCGACAGUAGCAUUAACAUGGGGGAUAAAGAAAGUAGGAGCUGUAUUCGCAUCAACAUUUUCUCCUGUUACUCUCAUUGCAGCUACUUUAUUCGAUUCCAUAAUCUUACACACUCCUUUGUACCUCGGAAGUGUACUUGGAUCAGUAGUGGCAGUAAUGGGUCUCUACGUGUUCUUGUGGGGUAAGAAGAACGAAAAGGAAGCAUCAACUACAUUGUCUGCUCAAGUGGAUAAUGAAGACCAAACUAUUAAUAAUAACCAUAACGACUCUAGGUCUCCCGUCUAA